GGCGUGCGUCGAGGCUUGAGGCCCCACAUCCAAGAUGGAGGCCGGUGGAAACAACAAAAGGCAGGGCCUGCCUAAAUUACGAGAACUUUUGCGCCGCCAACGGAAAGACUCCGACGGUAACUUGGAGCAGCCUGACCUGGAGUUUGAAUAUGACGAUGCCGACAGACACCAGGUGGAGAUAGCAGAGCUCUACAGUUACACAGAAGAACCAGAGUUCACGCAAAACAGAAAAUACUUUGAAGAGGAUUAUCAGCAAAGAGUCCCAGAAAAAUGGACGGUAAUAGACUCGGGUCUGCAGAAGAUGCACGUUCUCCGGCUUCUGAACGGUACGGAGGACACCCGGCGCGAGCGGCGAAUCCGGUCCAUGCGGUCGCUGCUGUACCUGGCCCAGGGUGUGUUCGGAGAGUGCGAAACGGAGGCGGACCAGCUGAAGUGGGCGCGGCACAACGUCUUCGUGCUGUACGACUGCGGCGUCUUCUCCGCCUGCGUCGAGCUGCUCAGCAUGGAGAUAGAGAACGGCAACGCGCAGGCCAGCGCUCUAAGGAAGCCCGCGGUCUCGUUGGCGGACAGCACGGACCUCAGAGUUGUCCUGAGUAUCCUGUACACCAUGGUAGAGACCAUGAGGGUCGGAUGUGAAGCAGACACUCAAGAACAACAACAUCUCAGGGACAUGUUCCAACGAGAACUUGGCCAAGCCAUCUAUGGUAAAGAGAACCUGGCUGUUCUACUGUUUGGGAUGGUGACAAAAUUCUGCAGUGGAAAUGCUCCUCACUUCCCCAUGAAGAAAGUUUUGCUGCUACUCUGGAAAGUUGUCUUGACGUCUCUGGGAGGUUUUCGUGAGCUGCAGGACUGGAAGAACAAGGCGCGGGAAGUGGCGGGUUUGCCCCACGUGCCGGACGACAGUCUCAACGUCAUCAAGAACAUGCGCGCCGCGUCCCCUCCCACCUCCGCUACCGAGAUCGUGGAGCAGGCCAGGAGACCCAGGAUGUCCCAGAGAAAAGAGUUAAUACUGAGGCAGACGAGCAUGGAGGAUUCCAUGCAGGGGCAGGAAGGAGAGGAUGAUGGGAAGGAAGGCGAGGAUGAUGAUUUAGAUGAUUAUAACGAGGGGAUGCCGGGUGCCAUGCGACCUUCAACCCCUCCGCCACCUCUAGUCCAUGUACCAAAGGGGCUUCCCUGGACUCCAAAAGUCAGACAAAAAGAUUUGGAAUGCUUCCUGGACCACACUAGAAACAAAUUUGUAGGUUUUUCAGUCGGAAUAGAUUCUGACACAUUGAUAGGACUUCCACAACCUAUACAUGAAGGAGUUAAAGUUUUGAAAAAGCAUGUUUACGUGUCACUGGCUGAAGUCCAAAUCAGGAGAGAAGAAGAAAUUGCCAAGAACCCCAUGACAAAGUUCGACCUUGUUGCUCAGGGUGAAGGUGAGAUCGUGAUGACACCACGAGAGGUGCUGUACCAGGGGAUGCUGCCCAGUCUGCCACAGUACAUGAUCGCCCUGUUGAAGAUCCUCCUAGCAGCUGCCCCCACGUCUAAAGCCAAGACAGACUCCAUAAACAUCUUGGCAGAUGUGCUACCGGAGGAAAUGCCGAUCACAGUGUUGCAGUCCAUGAAACUGGGUAUAGAUGUGAACAGACACAAGGAGAUCAUAGUGAAGGCCAUCUCAGCUGUACUGCUGUUGCUACUCAAACACUUCAAACUCAACCAUGUCUACCAAUUUGAGUACAUGUCCCAACACCUGGUGUUUGCCAACUGCAUCCCGCUGGUGCUGAAGUUCUUCAACCAGAACAUCAUGUCCUACAUCGCCGCCAAGAACACCAUCGCUGUCAUCGACUUCCCCAACUGUGUCAUCGGCGAGCAGCCCGAACUCACCGCAGAAAGUCUGGAAGCAGGAGACAGUAUUCAGUUCUGCUGGAGGAACCUGUUCUCCUGUAUCAACCUUCUCAGGAUCCUCAACAAACUCACCAAGUGGAAACACUCCAGGACUAUGAUGCUGGUGGUGUUUAAAUCAGCGCCCAUCCUGAAGCGAGCCCUGAAGGUGAAACAGGCCAUGCUGCAGCUGUACGUGCUGAAGCUGCUGAAGGUGCAGACUAAGUACCUGGGGAGGCAGUGGAGGAAGAGCAACAUGAAGACCAUGUCAGCCAUCUACCAGCAGGUCAGGCACAGGCUCAACGACGACUGGGCUUACGGAAACGACAUGGACGCCCGUCCGUGGGACUUCCAGGCGGAGGAGUGCGCCCUGCGCGCCAGCGUGGACCGCUUCAACCAGCGCCGGUACGGUGAGGAGCCCAGCGGCAUCGAGGCAGAGUUCCAGCACGUCGACAACAAUCUGCUCAGUGUGCUUGGACAGAAGGUGGACCUCCCUGAGGAAUUUAAGCUGGGUUAUGAGAAGUGGCUGCAGCGGGAAGUCUUCACCACACAGAUAGACUGGGACCAGCUGCUGUCCUGACUAGAUGUGGAGACAGGGGCGGGAGGGGGGGCAUAGGG